GACGUCUGUCAUAUGAUUCUAGCCUAGCCUAGUCAGGUGCUCUGUUACUUUCUGCUCGAACGCAGUGUGUCGAUAUCUAUUCGACUCGCCCAAUUGUGUUUGUCUAAGAACAUGAUGACACAAUUUUGUAAUAUUUGCUGUUUCAUUUUUAUAUUUAUAAACGUAUUUCAAAUUUCACCCUCACAUGCUGAUAAUGCAGUACCUGUAUUGCUAUGGGGUGGGUCAAUUAAUUCUGAUUUAACAAGUGCAGUGAAUCCCUUUUUAAAGAGUACCAGCGAGGAAUUUGAUCUUUUCCUGCGUAAAACAUUGGAAAAUUCACCUCCAGUUCUUCUUUAUAUAAAAGAUAAUCUCUGUAUUGAGGAUUUAGUGAAACACAAACAGCAUCUUCAAAAAGUUAUUAGUAGCGAUUCUCUACGUUAUUUUCCUGCUGUUGAAAAAGCAGUGAAUACCAUUGAAGACUUACCUUCAUAUAAUCAAACCUAUAAUGAUUAUGUCGAUUCUAUAUCUGAUGGGCAAUUACUGAUUGUGCCAAUUAGUAAUUUAGAUGUUAUUCCAGAAACGUACAAGACAAUAAAGGAUUCUAGUCCCAAUUUGAUAGCUAUACUUACAGGAAAAGCCUGUAGUUAUAGACGUUCUGAGCGAAUAAAAAGGGAUACUUAUGUAAAUAAUACUACUGAACCUUUUAUUGUUGCAUCAGACAGAGUGUUAUUCUAUGCUAGUAAACCAUUAUUGUUGAAGCUUGGAAACAAUACAGAAAUAGAACUUCCACUUAAGCCCACAGUUUCUGAUGACUCAGGUAAAACACCACUUUCAUGUAAAUUAUCAAUGAAGUUUAAUAUACCUAAUUCUAUAUCACUUGCAUUUAUGUUUGAAGUUGAAACUCCAGGAUAUUAUACACUUAAAACAGUUAAUUACCAAUUUUCUGACGCAACUGUCAAUGAAAAAAAUUUAACAACAAAUACAACAAUUGUUUUUCCAUUUAAUUUCUCUUAUCAUUGUUCACAAAAUAUUAUAUUUGAAAAUAGUUCUACAAUUUUAAAUAUAACAAAUUUACAAGUACAACUUUAUACAAAAUUAGCAAAAGAUGGUGAAAAAGUAUUUAGUGAUGCGUAUGAUUGUAUCGGUUUUACUACAAUUCCAAUUUGGGCAGGUAUAUUUGUUACUGCCAUAUUAGCUUUAAUUAUGAUUUGGGCUCUUACCAUGAUUAUAGAUAUACGUACAAUGGAUAGAUUUGAUGAUCCCAAAGGAAAAACAAUUACUAUUUCAGCUCAAGAAUAAUAUAUAAUAAUAUUACAUAUUAUGUACAUACAUACCAUAGUAUCUUAUAACACAAUAAGUUGUCAAAUACAUUUUCAGUUGCAAUAAUUUGUAUAUGUAUAAUAUACAUUUAAAUUGGUUAAUGCUGUUAGUUUUCUAAAUACACUUAAUUGUAAUAUUGAUUUUAAUUUCAUGCAAUAAUAUUUUCCUGUAAUAUAAUGAUGAAUUUAAUCAUUCCAUUUACCUAACAUUGUACUAUUUUCAGUAUUUAUAUAUUUCUUGUGUAUAUGGUAUGGUCUUUAUGUAGUAUUUGUAAUGUAUAAUUUCUAAGAAAAUUUUUUGUUUUAUAGUUAUAAAAGAAUAUAAUACGGUAUAAUAGCAAAUAAAUAAGCAAAUAUGCUACUUUAAAUAUCUUUCAAUAAUGGAACAAUGUUGUAAUAUAUUAAUGGCCGAUUGAAAGUGGCACAAUGUUUAUAAAAAGAAAUCUUAUAUAGUUAGUCUUUGUAUUAUGAUACACCAGAUGUUAUUAAUUAUGAUAAGAUACAUAUAUCAAAUAGAAUUAAUAUAGUUUGCAUAUAUACGUGCAUAUUCAUACACACUCAUAGUCUCUGUAAUUGUUCAAUUAAUUUUUCUUUACUAAUAUGAUUGUAAAAUGUUUUGUGAGAUUCUAUAAUAUAAAUUUUUAAUGUAUAGGAAAUAUAAAAUAAUUUAAUUGAAUUUACUUAUAUACAGCAUAAAUUUAUUUAUAUAUAACAUAUUGGAACCUUUGCACCAUGUAUUACAAUAAAUACCAUGGAAUAAGAUGGUAAAGUAAUUUGUUGUGUAGGUUCAAAUACAAUAGGUUGAAAUGAUGGUAAAUUUCCAUUAGAUUGCAAUUUUAAUAUUUCUCCAUUUACUUUUAUUGUUCUAAAAACAAUUGAAAUAAACAUUACAUAAUUUA